ACUGUGGACUUAACUUUAAAAGUGUCUUUGAUGUGGGCGGUUGGGGCCAUGCUUCAGGUUACUCCAAAUAUUGCAUGCACCUAUUUUGGCUCUACAAAUGUGAAUGUCCGGAAUGUGGAGGAUGGCAAUAAUUCACAGUAUGCAGACCGGACAAACUGUGGCAGACUCCGUUCCCGAUCUCUUUACGGCUCUGAGGAGACAAAACACUCAACGGGAGAGACUGACAAGGACAGAAGCCACAUAAGACCUCGUUCAAGAUCAUUCUAUGUUUGUGACACUGAUGAUGCAGGAACGGGUCAUUUUAACAGAUGCAAUGCUAUCAGACCAAGAGCAAGAUCACUACACAGUGAGGAUGGGAAAAGAAACACUGGCGGGACAAGUAUCACUGCAAAGCCUCUGAUCAAAAUACCCAAAGGAAACUCAAGCAAACGGGCCAGCAAGGAUUUUACAGGAAAUAAAGGAAGUUUAAAGGGAGUACCCAUGAUGACCAUUUCAGAGGUGGAUAACUGGGAGAUAAGCUCUUCUUCUGGGAUGAAAUACGGUCAGUAUGUAGACUGGGAAAAGAUCGACCCAGAAGCGGGCAUCCGUUAUCAGAAGAUCCUCUCAAGUGAUCACUAUGCUCUCAAAGCAAUGGGCCGUACAGGAUUCUGGUCCAUGCCUCAUACUCUCAGAGCCAAGGCUUACCAGCACAUCAUCCACGGCAUCGAGAGCACAUCCACCACCGCUGAUGUGAACACUUACCGUGGCUUAGUUAGGAAGCUCUUUGGGGAAAUGCAAACAAGCACACACCCUUUCCCAAAGUUUAUGGAGGAUGGGGAAAUUCCCAGAUACUGCCUAAAUAAAGCAGGUCUGAAUUCAGUGAAAAAAAUUCUCAUUUGUAUAAACCACCAUUUUCCUGAUGUCAGCUUCUGUCCUAUUCUGUCCGCUCUGGUGUCUCUUCUCUUGCACUUCAGUGAGGAUGAAGCCCAGUGUUUCCACAGUAUUUGUUCCCUGGUGUCCUACACAGACCCUAAAAAGUGGUACAUUGACCGGACUUUCCUCACUUCACGUGCCUCAUGCAUGACCUUUGGUGACCUUGCUAAUAAAUACUGCAGGGGAAUCCGGAAGCUAAUAGCCAGCUCUCACCAGAACCUGUUUGAGUUCUACUCUGACUGGAUCAUGUGGAUCUUCGCCGAUCUGCCUUUCACAUACGCUAUCAGAGUGCUGGAUGUCUAUCUAAUGGAGGGCUACAAAGUUUUAUACCGUGUAGCUCUUGCUCUACUCAGCUUCUACAAGGUCUCUGUGUCUUCACGAGUGGCCCACGUCGAUGACUUCAGACAGGACAUGAAGAGUUUUGUGCAGAAUGUGGGACGGCACAGUACUAUUGACGCUCUGCUUCAGAGGGCUUUUAGUAUACAGCUGCCGACACGCAAAGAACUGACUUAUCUCUUCAAUGCCAACAAGGAGGCACUAAUUCAUAAGGACAUCCACAAUAAGAGCUCAUACCAAGCUAUGGAUUUCCGGGCCUUUAACUCCUCUGUAGUGACUGAAACAGAGAUGAGGGUGGUCUGGGCCUGGAUUCCAGAGCGAUUUGCUCUGUUCAGUCCUGUGCAGCUAUUCAGUACAAAUAUUCAUGGCAGAAGUCUCUCCUCGUUUUAUUCCAAAGUUGAGGGGCAUGAUCCAACUGUUGUACUCUUGAAAACUGAAGAUGAGGAGAUUUGUGGGGCUUUCUUGUCUUCUGAUUGGGCUCAGAAGAAUUUUGAUGAAAAGGGAUUUAAGUUCUUUGGCACAGGAGAGUGUUUUGUUUUCACUCUACGACCAGGAAUGGAAUGGUACCAGAGUACAGUGCUGCAGAUCUCUGGGAUGUCUGACAAAUGUGAUUCCUCUCAUCAGAAUCAAACUCUCUCCACUAGGUCUCUGCUAAGCACUCAUGUGGACAAACCCACUGGAGCCUCUCAGAACCAAAGUUACGAGUCUGCAUCAUUCUGCACAUUGUCAACCUUCAAAUUCAUGGCAGGAAAUGAAGAGACACUUUUUAUUGGUGGUGAUGGUGGCCACGCGCUGCACCUGCAGGCUGAUCUGACAGCUGGAUCUUCUGAACACUGUGAUACGUUUGAGAGUCCACCUCUCUGCAGGGGAUGCUUCAAGAUCCAGUCUCUAGAGGUGUGGGGUAUCCAGCACUCUUUGUCUGUUCCACCACUGCUAUCAGAGUCGUUGCUUGCCCACACGCCAAAUGUCAUUAUGCUUUGAGACCUUUUUUUUUUUUUUUUUGACUGCAGUGUAGGACUAUAUGUACAUUGUUGUGCUAUUGCUGUAUGAACAGUAAAAAAUAUACAUUUAAGAUUCAAAUAUCCACAAUAUUAUUUAUUUACAUUUUAAAAUACUUUUUUAUUAUAUGACUUGUUAAAUUAUUUUAAUAUUUGUGGUCCUGUUUUUCACUGUAUUUCUGGAAUAACUAAAGUUUGUAAAGACUAUUGAAUAGAAGUUGUAUAGUAUUAAGUUUAUUGAAUACUAAUAAACAACAUUAAAAACUAAACCAUUGUAAAUAAAAGAGAGAUUUACAUUAGAUGAAAGCAAGUGAAAUGAAAUAUGGCUGUGGUAUAUAAAGUGGACAUAAACGAUGUGUAAAGGUGAGUAAAAUACUGGUUUAUUGCACAAAGCUGGUUACAAUGGCAACUCAGGUAAAUUUGAAUUUAAUUUGAGCAAACACUGUUUUUUCGGGCUCAAGAAAGUGAACUGGGUUUUAGCUGUGUUUAGUGCCUUGGUAACUUAUGAUGACAGUUAAACUUGCUCUGGAGCAGGUUUUGGAAAGCAAUUGCAAAUCAAACCUAAACCAAUCAGUUGUGGGCAAAGUGACAUAUUUGAUACAAUAAAGCAUAAUCAAACAUACCUGAAAAAUCUAACCAAAGUCAGGUUCACUUCAGGUUUACUGAAAUUACAUACAAGUGUGUUUGAUCAGGGUUGGAGCUAAACUCUGCAGAGCAUUGGACCUUGAGGACCAGAGUUGUCCAGCCUCGCCACUCCCUCUGCAUCUCUUGUUCCAAAUUAAAGCAG